CGGUCUUCAUUUGGAACGGGGAUAUUGAGAAAUUGUGAAGAGGCAUAAAUAAAUAAGAGAACCAGCUGGAAAAUCAUUCACAAUUAAUACGCCGGUUCGCGAGAAAAUUCUCGGCGAAAGAGUACAUCGACUUUUCGAGGGAAAAAUCUGCAGAAAAAAAUGGUGGACUCCGCGGUACCAUUACUGAAUAGAGAAGAUGAAGAAGGAGGAAAAAUAAGGUAUCAUGAGAAAUGCCCAGGCUGUGAUGUUGAAAAAUUUAAACACUCCAGCAACGGUAUUCCUCUCAAACAUUUCUUCUUCAUCUGGAUUGUCACUCUCUGUGCAGCUUUGCCAAUAUCGUCUCUCUUUCCUUUCCUAUACUUUAUGAUUAGGGACUUUCAUAUUGCAAAAAGGGAGGAAGAUAUUAGUUAUUAUGCUGGAUAUGUGGGAUCUUCAUUCAUGCUUGGAAGAGCUUUAACUUCUCUUCUAUGGGGAAUAGUGGCCGAUAAAUAUGGUCGGAAACCCGUAAUAAUAAUUGGUACACUUACAGUGUUUAUAUUCAAUACACUUUUUGGUCUUAGUGUGAACUUUUGGAUGGCAAUUACUACAAGAUUCCUUCUAGGAAGUUUAUGUGGAAUUCUUGGUCCUAUGAGGGCUUAUGCUUCUGAAAUCUGCCGUAAAGAACACCAAGCUUUGGGGAUGUCAGUUAUAAGCACAUCCUGGGGCGUAGGCUUGGUCAUUGGUCCAGCUGUGGGAGGUUUUCUUGCACAGCCUGCAGAGAAGUAUCCCCGCAUCUUUUCUAAGGGAUCUCUUUUUGGGAGGUUUCCAUACCUUUUACCCUGUCUUGCGAUAUCAGUCCUUGCUUUGGUUGCGACAGUUAUCUCUUGCUGGCUUCCAGAAACUCUGCACAUCCAUAGCACGGGACAAGACGAUACCAAAGCUGCUUUAGAUGGAAGAGUUUAUGACCCCAACGAGUCAGAAGAAAUAAAUGUUUUGGAUUCCAGGCUUCUAUCUUCCAAGUGGAGCCUCCUAAAGAAUUGGCCCUUAAUGUCUUCUAUCAUUGUAUAUUGCAUUUUCCAAAUGCAUGAUAUGGCCUACAGUGAGAUAUUCUCGUUAUGGGCCGUUAGUCCACGAAGGUAUGCCGGAUUGAACUACACAACUGCAGAUGUAGGUGAAGUACUUUCGAUUACAGGGUUCAGUAUGUUACUCUUUCAGCUAUUUCUUUAUCCAUGGGCAGAGAGGAUUUUUGGUCCCAUCACGGUUUCUCGUAUUGGAGCUAUGGUUCUUUUGCAGGUUUUAACCAUACCGUUGCUAUCGAGUUAUCCAUUUAUAGCACGGUUAUGCGGUUCAAUUCUCUCUUUGGUGCUCAAUUGUGCUUCCAUGUUGAAGAAUGUGCUCUCUAUAUCCAUCACAACGGGCUUUCUAGUUAUGCAAAAUAGAGCUGUGUCCCAAGAACAAAGAGGAGCUGCAAAUGGCAUAUCCAUGACUGCUAUGUCUCUUUCUAAAUCGAUUGGUCCGGCAGCUGGUGGUGCCUUACUCUCUUGGGCACAACGCCGUCAGAAUUCAAUUUUCUUACCAGGUGUUCAUAUGGUUUUCUUCAUUUUGAACAUAGUCGAAUUCAUUGGCCUGAUUAUGACCUUCAAACCUUUCCUGGCGCUUCCCGAAGACAAGUUAUAGUGUUCAGGAGUUGAUCCUGAAGGUCGAGGAAGGACGAAGAUGAAAUUUCUUUUAAUAAAUCUCAAUUUUCCUGAAAUUGGUAGAAAAGAUAUUUCCUUUGGUUAAAGUAGGAUUCAAAUGUAGAAAUUAUAUGUUGCAAGCAUUGUUAAACGAUCUCAUCUAAAGCUUUAGCGGGUAGGAGGAAGACUCAUCCAAGAGUUUAAGCUGGUAUGGGAAGAGAUUUGUGUCAUAUCUUCAAUAUUAUUUGUGAAUAUGUACUAUUCAUUUCUCUUAGAUGUGAAACAUUUUAUAGAGAAAGAAUAAUGCUAUGUAAUACAAGUGGGGCUAGACCACCUAUGUGUACAUUUAUUUACAAUAAAUAAGAUUUGGAGUAAAUGACUUUUAA